ACGGCGGGCUUGGGAACGGAUCCUGCUGUAUCAUGAGGUCCAAACAUUGUCAGUCAUCAUGGCAAACAUGAUGCUUGCUUAGCAAGUUCGAAUUAUGGAGGAUAAGUACUUAUUGUUCAAUGAAGCAAUGCAAGUUAUUGCAACCGAAUCAGAUCUAUAUGAAGUCCUCCAUUCAGUACGAUAGACGAAGCUUCAGCCAUGGAGAAGCUGUACGAUGGUCCCGUCGCCUUUUGCUCUCUAACAUCGUAUCUUUUAUGAUGCUUCAAGCUCACUGAAAUUCAAGAUACCUUGCAAUGCACUAGAAGAACUUCCCGUUGGAUGUUACACGUCCUGUGCCCGCACUUCGACGUUUCUGACGUGUCUUCGGAAUGGGUUAUGUCGACCACGGCAACGAGAUCUUCAUCUGCCAUACAGUCCGGGAGGUAAUCCUCUGACACCACUUCGCUGACACUUCCAACAGGACUUAAUGCAAUAACCUUUUGAAUUUCCUCCUUACGCUUACAUGCCACGAUUCCAGUCAACUUCCACUGGAACGAUGUCUUUGCGCCUUCUGACCGACCUGACAUGUAUGACCGCGUGACCGUUGAGGGCGGGCCUACAGUGAAUGUCAGAUGCUCAUAGGCGGCCCGCAUCGUGUCCUAUGCAUAUAUACUGCAGUACUCUACUGACAGCGACAUCGGACGCUAAAACUCGCGAUGUUGCUCUGGACCACUGUGGGAUUUUUAUUUAACUACGUUUUAGAGGUACCUGCGCUGUCUCCUCGGUUUCUACCCUGCCAGCUCCAGAAACACGCGAACAUUUCUCCAUUGACAGGGUGCCCUUCUGGGACGGUCUUCGUGUCGCCCAAUGACGGUCGGGCGCAUUUCACGGGCAUUCAGGAGGCAGUGCUGUCACUACCGGACACAGGACAUGCAAUGAUUCUCAUAGGCGAAGGAGAAUAUCAUGAAACAGUCAAUGUCACCCGAAGCGCACCUCUGACUCUACUCGGACAGCUCCGGAGAGAGUCUGCCUUUGCACCCGGAGGAAAUGCCUCGACUCGGAAUCUAGUCCAAAUAUGGAACAACCAGUUUGUGCAGACGGACAUGGAUGACGCUCAGUCCGCGAUGCUCAUCGUGGCGCCGUCAUUCAGUGCGUCUUUAAUUGGCGCAGGGCCUACGGGGGCACCACUGCAACCACUAUUCGGUAAUAUGGACUUCAAGGCGUACAACGUUGACUUUCAGAAUAGAGCAGCGAACUUUUCUAUAUCUCAAGCUCUAGUGACAGAUAUCUCUUAUGCGAAUGCAUCGUUUUAUGGCUGUACUUUCGCAAGCUACCAAGACACAUGGUACACAGGCCGUAAUGCAAGUACGUAUGUCGUGGAGAGCAUUAUUUUUGGACAGACAGAUUAUCUUUUCGGGUUUGGGACCGCGUGGUUUCAAAACGUUGUCCUAGCAAACCGCGCCUGCGGUGGCGGUAUCGUUGUCUGGAAGGGUACAAAUUUCACGGAUGCACCAGGGAACAGGUAUGGGGCGUAUAUCUCAAACUCAAAAAUUAUACGCUCGCCCGAUGCCAACGCCACCACUAUCACUAGUGGAAAGUGUUUCCUCGGUACAUCCUUAUCCGACUAUCCUCAUCCCACAGAAUAUAACAUAGUUGGUCGUCUAGGCCGCCCAUGGAACGAUCUCGCAACAACUGUGUUCUUACGAACCUUCAUGGAUGACAGUGUACAGCCUGCGGGAUGGACGCCUUUCAAUAGCGACAGGCCGGUCAUUAUGAAUACUAAUUUCUACGCGGAGUAUCAUUCCACUGGCCCAGGAGGUAACACGUCAGCUCGCGUACCCAUUGAGCACGUCUUGACAGAUACUGAGGCUAGGGAGUUCACUGUUGAAAAGGUAUUUAUGGAGACACCCAAGUGGAUUGAUUUUGACUAUCAAUAUCCGUGACCGGAAAUAUAUCCUGCUUUAAUUUCUCACAUAAUGCGAGACAGACCGCAUGGAUCGGUCCCCUGGGGUAUGCAGUAGACUUCGAUCUGUCUAGGUUGGUCCCAGCAGCCAUGGAGUUCUCACCAAAAGGCAUCGCGCCUUUGUUUUUGACAAAGGUUUUGUCUUGGUGGAAGUAGGCACGAUGCCAUGGAGUCUAGCA